GGUUAUGAUUGACACUGACAAGAAUGAACACAUUGACAAUGAAGAAAAUUAAACAAGCAAAAAAUGGACGAAAAAAAUCGGCAAACGUUAAUAAAGUUAAUAAAAAAAAGUGGACUCAGGAAACCGGCAAUGUUACAGUAAAAUUUGGAAAGCCAGUAUUUCGAAUUACUUUUCAAACAGUUAAGUGGACGGUCACCGCGUUUAUCGUAGGAGUGAUCGUUUUAAUCCUACUUUCCCUUAAGUUUUUUGUAACAGCUAUUAAAAUUCGCAGCCACUUGGGAACUUUUAUCAAUAUGAUUGCCAGGGGUGAUGGCGACAUCCUGCCCAGCAUUUUAGCUUUACCCGUAUUAUUUUUUCUGGCACUCAACAUCGUCUUGUGCUUAUUUGUCUAUAAACUUUUCUCGAAAAAGAAAAACUAUCGGGUGAACUGGAUUGUUUUCUUUUUGAUUAUGAUUGGUUUAAUUUUAAUUGCGGUAACGUUGGUUUUGACAAUUUACGUGCUGGUUCAUAUUUACGGCUCCCACGAACAUCUGCAUGAUGGCAUUAUAUGCUCUAUGGAGAAUUAUGGAACAAACUCUUAUUACAAGAAGCAAGUAGAUCGUUUGCAAAUUGAAUUUCAGUGUUGCGGAAGUAAAAGAUACGACGAAUGGUACAAUAUUUCCUGGUACGAUGAUGCUUUGGCCAAAAAGGAUCGAAACAGUACUAAGAAAGUUCCUGGCAAUACACCAUUUAGCUGUUGUUCCAUGAGUUCCAAAUUUCCUUGCAUUCAUCACAACAUCGAAGACACUGGCACUUCUUACCUUUACACACCCGAAUAUAAUCUCAGUAUCUCAAUCAAGGGAUGCUUUGAGAUCCUGAGGGACAAGAAACGGUCUGUCGGGUUAGGUAUUGUUGGAAGUUUGAUGUUAAUCAUAUUGCUUCAGAUAAUUUUACUGAUACCUGUCAGAUUACUGCAGACGGGUCAUGCUGAAAACAGCAAAUUUGAAGGUAAAAGCAACGAGUACACGGUUUGGUUAAUAGGAUGUUACACAGGCCGAAAUGAAUCCAACGGACCUCCAGAGCCACCUCCCGUUCCUCCUGAACUAAUGGAUCUUUAAUUUUACUUCAACAAUAAUAAACAAUGCUUAUUGUGAUAAAAAGGUAUAAAAAGUU